AUGAAGACCAUUGCCAUUCUCGCGCUUGCCUCGUCGGCUGCAGCAUUUAACUUGGAGGAAGCCAUCGUACGCGCCCAAGCGAUCCACAACGACGCGAACGUCAACCGCAAGUGCCACACGGCCAACGACGGGUACAUCAAGACGUUGAAAGCAGGCGAGUACGCGGCCAGCAAAUUCUACAAUUGUUUCCGCACGUCGGAGCAAAUCUUCGAGUACGUGGAUGCGUUGACGGAACAGAACCCAACUUUGUUGAAAAAAGAAGCGAUUUCGACCACGGUCCAAGGCAAGAAUAUCUAUGCGUACAAACUGACCAGCGGCGGGUCCAAGCCCCAGUCGUUGUACUUCCAAAGUCUGGCCCAUGCCCGGGAAUGGAUCGCCGGGUCGUCCAACUUGUUUGCGUUGUCUUCGAUUCUGGACGACAUUGCCAACAAGAAACCCACGGCGGCGGACAAGUACAACUUGUACUUUGUGCCGAUCGUGAACAUUGAUGGGUACGACAUCUCGUGGAAGAACGGCCAGCGUUUGCAGCGUAAGAAUGCCAACGACGUCGACCUGAACCGCAACUGGCCAACUCCCUUUAAAAACUCCGAACCCGUACCCCCCUCGGCCCAAACUUACCCUGGAACACAACCGGGGAGCGAGCCGGAAACUAGGGGAAUUGGACAUUGGCUCCAUACCAAGAAUUCUGAACUUGCCGGCUGGGUGGACGUGCAUUCCAUCGGGGGGUUGAUCUUGUACCCUUAUGGCGACAUCUUAGAACCCAUCGGCAACGGCGAAGACGCCAAGUUUGAACGACUUGGCCGCAAAGUUGCCGCCGCAACCGGUGGCAAGUACAUACCCCAAACGGCAGCUGCUUUCUAUCCUGCUUACGGAGCGUUCGAUGACUACGUCUACCGCACGUACCAGAAGCCCGUGUUGACCAUCGAAGUGGCUGGUACUAAUUUUUACGCCAAUGUGUCAACCAUCCGUACCCGCGGCGCGGAAAUCUUCAAAGCGUUGACUCAAUUUGCCGAGGAAGUCGAGAAUUUCGACGUAAACAAUACAGUCUGUUAA